AUGGCUUCUAGGUUGUCAUCUUUGAUGGUAAUCACAAUUGAUAUUAGCUUUGUUCAUAGCUAUAGUCACUGUUUUUGGUUUUCCUUGAGCUUUCCACUAUGCAUAGAAAAACUGCAAACUUCUCAUAUUCAGAUGGCUAGCUUUUGGGGAUCCAUUAGAUCUAGGAACUUCCACUGCAGUGCACAAAAUUCAGAACAUGUAAAGAAGAGUGUCUCUUCAUCGCCGAUUCAAAAUCGAUUUCAGAUUCGUGUAUCUUCACCGCUGAUUCAAAAUCGAUUUCAGAUUCGUGUAUCUUCACCACCAAUUCAAAAUCGAUUUCAGAUUAAAUUCGUCGAAUCUUCAGUAUUGAACAACCAGUUCGUUCUUUGCAGCUCAAGUUUCUCACCCUCAUCUCCGGCCUUCAUCUGA